GGGAAGGAAAGACCUAAAAGUUCUCCUGGAAAUAACCACAGGAUAUAGUCUCGCUUAUUCCUUUUAUAUGCCCUUCUACGAAGUAUCUUUUUCGGCUCCACUUUUCUGGUGCUUUGUGAGCUGUGGUUCUCAUUUUAAAUACCGGAAAGCACGGUGAAUACAGACAUCUAUGGAGCUGUACUGCUUGGAAGCGGACGCGGUGGUGCGAGCCCGUCCCGACCCGAACCUCCUCGGCGAUGACAGAGUGUUGCAGAGCCUGUUGACUAUCGAGGAGAGGUUUUUGCCUCAGUGCUCGUAUUUUAAAUGCGUACAGAAAGAUAUCCAGCCUUUCAUGAGAAGGAUGGUGGCCACCUGGAUGUUAGAGGUAUGUGAGGAACAAAAAUGCGAGGAGGAAGUUUUCCCACUGGCUAUGAACUACUUGGACAGAUUUUUAGCGGUUGUGCCCACCAGAAAGUGUAACCUGCAGUUGCUCGGCGCGGUGUGCAUGUUUCUGGCGUCCAAACUGAAGGAGACGCGUCCUCUAACUGCAGAAAAGCUGUGUAUCUAUACUGAUAACUCCAUGAGACCGCAAGAGCUUCUGGAAUGGGAACUGGUAGUUCUUGGUAAAUUGAAGUGGAACCUGGCAGCAGUUACUCCUAAUGAUUUUAUUGAACACAUUGUAAAGAGACUGCCACUGCCUGUGGAUAAGCUGGACCUGAUCCGCAAGCAUGUGCAGACCUUCAUUGCUCUUUGUGCAACAGAUUUUACUUUUGCCAUGCUCCCUCCAUCCAUGAUUGCCACAGGCAGCGUCGGAGCAGCAAUCUGUGGACUGCAACUCAACAGUACUGACCGUGCACUUUGGGGAAACAACCUUACAGAAUUGCUUGCCAAGAUCACAAACACAGAAGUUGAUGUUCUGAAGGAAUGUCAGGAGCAGAUUGAACGUGUGCUGAUUACCAGUCUAAGAGAGGGACAUCGGCAGCAGCACAAGCAGCAACAGCAGGAUCAGAGCAAUCCUCGCAACAAAACCUUGGAAGACCAGGACCAGUCCAGCACCCCAACCGAUGUGCGAGACAUCAACUUGUGAGCUUGCAGAAGGAGCGGCACCUGGAUUUAAAGGAAAAAAAAAACAAAAAACAAAAAUGACAAAAAACAGCCCAUCAUAAAGUGCUUGCUAGUCUUUGUAGGUUUUUUAUUCUUUUUUUAAAGUAAAAACAUUAUGGAAGAAAAAGAACAUUACAAAAGAAUUUAAAGAUAUUUUAAAUGCAAAUUAGUUUUUUAAAUGAUUAAUAUUAAUGCAAAAAUCCUUAUGGUGCCCCAGAUUAAUAUAAGGGAAGCCUAUAGCAUUUUGCAAACUAUUUUUGAUUGCAUAAAACGUUAUAUUAAGAAGGUUUUUAAAGAGUUUGAAAGGCUUUUUAGAACAGUCAACUUCUAAAGACUGGUAUGUAAAGGUACACAAGCAGGGCUAUGUUUUUUUUCUGUUUUAUGUUUUGGUUCAUGUUUGAAAAGCCUGAGCUUAAACACACACAGGGCUGUCAUGAUACUGUUUUGUGGAUUCCCCAUUUUGGUGUUGUGGUAAAGAUAAAAGGCCCAGAAAUGUGUAGUGGGACAGGUGUGUCAAAGCCCUACACAAAAACUGUGAGCAGUUUUUGUUAGGCCAAAGGGCCCUCUGGAUAUAAUUUGGUUUGAUAUGUUUUAAAUUUACUUCACUUGUCAAUGAGUCACAUGACGGUGUUUUAAAAAGUUUAAAUGGCAUGAAGUCAUGCAGAACUAAUUUUCAAGGUGAUUUCAUUGUUGAUAAUUGCUUGAAGUUUUGAAUGUAUCAACCAAAUUCAUACAUGCAUUGAAACUGAACAGUGCAUUAGCUUGCCCAGUGGGAGUAGCAUGUUUUGAGAACAUGUUAUUGUUAUUGUUAUUAUUAUUAGUAAUAUUAUUAUUAUUAUUAUCAGAUCAUCAAUUUAUUGUCUGAAUUAUCAAAAUAUACAAUUUUAAUAAGCUUUUGUCAAGCUGCUUGUGUGUGUGUGCGUGUGUGUUUCUGUAUGUGGUUACAUGGAUGUGUUUGAAGAGAAACGCGUAAAUGCUUUGGUUAAAGAUCCGCUUGGAUGUUGUUUGAGAUGGAGAUGGACACAGAGUUAAAGGACUUAACAGAAGGUAGUGAAUAAGUCUGCAGCGCUUUUGUUUGCUUUGAAGGGCCACUGGCCACCUGUAUUAUUGCCUUCUAUACAUGCGCUUUUACUUUCUGGCCUGGGUCAUGGGGCAGUGCCCAGCCCAGUGCUUAGUUCUGAGAGGAGGCAAGACAGGGAACAGAGGGAGGAGGCAAAAGACCACCCUAGUUAAGGUGUUUUUAAGGUAAAACGGUUUCACUAUAGAGGCUAUUACAAAGUAGCUUGCAUGAAAUACACCUUAUUUUAAAUUGUCAGUUGUGAGGUGCAUUUUGGCUUGUUGUGGUUAUAGGUUUAAAAAGCUGAAGACUUUUUUGAGUAUUUUGCAAAAAGGUGCUAGUAAGGAUUAGCGAAAGUGGAUUCUGCAUGCAGUAAGUCAAAGUGCAAAACAGCAUGAGAUUUGUGCUUAGAUGAGGGGAAUGAUAAAGCUGUGUGAGUUUAAGGAGAGACAUAAGCUGCUGCUGAGAUGAACAUACAUUGGCAUACAGGAAAGGAGGCCAAAGGAGAAGAUCAGAUGUGGUUCCAGAGAUCACAUGAUAAUUUAAGUUUUUUUUAUGUAUUUGCUUGUUUUACUGUUAAGUUUGUGUCGUUCUAGUUUUUUUAAAUUAAUAAAUCAGACCAGUAUCUGAACCAGUUUAAUUGACACUGCCAGCUAAUUUUAGGGGAAGGUAAUACACAGGGAAGCUGAAGUGAUGAGGGGACAUUUGUUGAUCUGUGUAUCUGCAGUUCCUCAGUUUCAACGGCAAAGCACUUUGAGCAAAUACUUCCCUACCAAAAAAGAGGGUUGGUGUAGUGUUUUGUACAAAGUAAAUUGUAAUACCAAUGUGGACAUUCCAACAACAAGCAUAAUAACAUUUCCAGAUAUGGAGGGAAAUGCCAUAGAUUUUUUUAUCCUCUUUUCUUUACUUGAAAUUUUGUUUGCUGUUCAUUUAAAUGUUGAUUGGUUUCAUAACAUCAGUAAUUUGCCCACUGUAGGGUUUUUUUAUUUAUAUAAAAUGAACUGGUAAAAGCUGCUUUAUCACUGUUAAAAUGCCUUGUUUAAUAUGGUGCCUUAAUCUUUGUGACAAGUGAUUUUUGUGUGCCUUUGUGCAUUGGUCAGACUACAGAAGUAACCCGAAUGUCCACUAUCCAGUCAUCUUAAAACCUGCUGCUUUAAAAGUUGGGCUGGCAUGGGAUUUACUAAGUUUCACAUGAUUCAUAGCUCUCUGACCAAGAUUUAGGCAGUGUGCAUUAACAGCACAACACAAAUACUUGUGCACUAGUCUCUUAGCUAGCAUUAAGGUAGGGGGCAGCUGGUGAAGUCAGUCUUUUUGUUGAGCCUAUUGUAUACGUGGGUUAAACAAACAAUAGUUGUUUUCCAUAAAUAGUCCACAUUUCUUUGACCCUUUAUUAUCUGAUUGUGCUGCAUUUUCCGACUUUCUUAGUUUGCCCAGCUCAGCUCUAAAACAAAUUUUAAUACUCUUUAUAAAAUUUGAAUUGGUUCAAGUUUUGACUGUGCCUAAAAUUUUGCUUCUUAAGGGUUGAUAUUCCAAAGUGAACAGAGGUAGAAGUGGUUGUGAAGACAUCAAUCAAGUGUCAAUAUUUUUCAUUGUUGUUUUUCCGCUGCUAAAAAAGCUAUGAUUUUUGUUUCAUCUUAUACACAAAAAUAACAUAGUUGUGAUGUCACUUGAGUGUGCUGCUAUUUUAUAAACUAUUGUAUUAUAAUUAUUUUACUGCUUACAAAAUAUUUUGAGAAUGCAGAAGGGUGAUGGAAGAUCUUCAAAUGUAAUGAGUGUUGACUGGAAAUGCUCUUUGUACAGUAUGCUCUGAAAGCAUGAUUCUUUUCUCUUUUUUAUAUGUUCUCCUGCUUUCCUUUUUCUCACACAGUCUGUAUGUACGGUAUAUCUGUACCUCAGGUUUACUGGACAAACACAUCUCUCAGUACCUCAUAAAGCAUCACAGUUUUUUGGGAGCCAACAAGACCACAUACAGAGGAUAUUAUGAUGGAUGUACUUUAAAUAGUCUUUAAUAAAUGGACCAAGAAAGGCAUAAGGCUCCCACCUGGACUUUGUAGUGGAUGGAGGAGAACAAAAUUCACCAAUAAUUUACAUUAAGCUGUAAAUGCCAAUUUAAACAGACAUUUGCAUCUUUGUGGGUACAUUUGUGGAUAAAGUCAAAAUCUGAAUAAACAUGGUAGUUAAUCAUACUAAUAAACUACCAGUUCACAUCUUGCUUUAUCCCAGUCUCCAUACAAGACAUAUUUCAGGUAUGCCAAAGUUACAUCAGUCUCUAGUAUUAACUGUGACAUACUGCCAAUAAGACAGCCUCACCAGCACAUCACUGCCUGCAAGUUACCCAAUAAACAUUUAAAUGUCAAAUUUUACAGUAUGUAUUCUAUCUCAUCCCUCCACUAUGACCAUGUCACGUACCUCAAUUAUGUCUGUUGCACAACCUCUCUUCAAUAAAUAUUUGCUUCAA